CCACCAGUGAGGACUACAAACUCUUGGAAAACAUGAAUAAGCUGACUAGCUUGAAGUACCUAGAAAUGAAAGAUAUUGCGAUAAACAUCAGUAGAAAUCUUAAGGAUUUGAAUCAAAAAUAUGCUGAUCUUCAGCCAUAUCUGGAACAAAUAAACCUAAUUGAGGAGCAGGUUGCAGCUCUGGAGCAGGCAGCGUAUAAAUUGGAUGCAUAUUCCAAAAAACUUGAAGCCAAGUACAAAAAACUGGAGAAACGAUGAAGUUAAACAGUCUUUAUGUUGGAGUUGGGCAAUGAAUCAAACUGUUUUCAGGUUUUGCACAACAGCAGUUCUGUAUGUUGCCAAGGAUUUGGUUGCAGCUAACAUCAAGACUGGGAACUUCUUCUAGCUAUUGAAUACAGAAGGCUGUAUUCAGGCUUAAGGCUGAAUAAUAUUCUCCUCUUCUCAGAGGUUCUGUUGCUCAGUUGUUUUGCAGUGACAAGUAGAAGCCUGUCCCUAACCCGUGCUGAUAUUGGCUAUGUGUGUGUUAGUCCUGUUUUUCACAUGAAAUAUUCUGUCUAGGAAAGUUCCUCUGUAACCAAUAAAAGACAUUUUCCCUCAAUAGCAGUAGGACCAAAACUUCACUUUUUCCUUCAUUGUGCUCUGUGUUGAGAAGAUACUUGGGCCUUUGGACUUAUGAGAGGGAUAUUGAAAACCCUUAAUUUUGGUAUCCCCUGUUAUCUGUUUGACAUAGGGAGACUAAUUACUAUAAAUUUACAAUAAAACAACUUGCUGCAUUUGUUUCUCUGGAAUCCUAAGUUCCUGGUGGAAAGAUUA